CAAUCGGUAAUACAGAUUCCUUUCAAAAAAGAAAACAUUUUCGUAUUUGUGCGAACCGCGAUUGUUUCUCGUAAAUGAUAAUUGUUUAUUAUUUCAUUUAUUUGUAUUUAAAAUGAGUGCAGAAGAUUAUGAAUUUUUGGACAAAGAUAAAGAUCAAGAUGAAAUUCGUGAGGAAUUGUCACAUAUGAGUUUUGAGGAUUUACAAAAAUUAAAAGAGAAACUUGGUACAAAGGUCUACAAUGAAACCGUAUUUGGUAGUCGUAAGAAAAAGGAAGUUAUUUUCAAACGAGAAAAUAAAAAUAGACCAAGAGAAAUGUCAACGAAAAGGCAAGUGCCAAGAUUUAAGGAAAUAAUUCAGGUUAAAAAGCGUAUACCCAGAGAUCCACGUUUUGAUAAUCUAUGCGGUGACUUUAAUGAAAAAGCAUUUAAAAACGCAUACAGUUUUAUUAACGAUAUAAAGGAGAACAAUUUAAUUACUUUAAAAAGCGAGCUACAAAAGACAGAUGAUCCGAAAGAGAUAAAAAAGAUCAAGUAUCUUAUUCAACGAUUGGAAAAUCAAUUGAGAGAGCAAAAGAGAAAGAACAUGAAAGAAAAGAAAAGGAUUGAAGAGAAGAAGUCAAUAAUAAAUGCUCUCAAAACUGGACAAAAACAUUCUUUCAAAAAGAAAUCGGAGAAGAAAGUUCUUGAUCUAAUAACUCAGUAUGAAGAGUUAAAAGAUUCAGGAAAAUUGAAGAAACAUAUUACAAGGUUGCGCAAAAAGGCUUUACACAAGUCCAGACGGCAAAUUGAACAAAUGAACUGGACAGUUACUAAUGUAGAAUAAUAAAUUAAUAGGUAUUCAUAAACCUUAGGUAAGAAUAAAUAAACACAAUUAAUCUUAAAGAAAUUA